UCGGAAUCGAAUUGUGAGGUGCCUAAAUAGUCCCAGCCCUACAAUGAUUUAUUGCUUGUCUUUGUUGAAUAAUACAGUAGAUAAAGAGCUUAAAAAAAUUGCAUAUUAAAUCGCAAUCGCAACAUUGUUAAAAAUAAUUGCAAUUAGAUUUUCCAAAAUCAUUCAGCCCUACUUUUAUCUAGACUCAUGCAGCAAUAUCAAUAUACACACACAACAUUAAUGCUUGAAUUAGUAUAGAAAUAUAUCAAUUCAUUUAUCAAUUUUUAUAAUUGUUUUUUUUUUGUCAGAUCUCCUCCUUCUUCAGUGAAGCUCCUCCCACUGCAAUUCACCAAUAAAUGCUGGAAUAUUCCCAUCAGCCUACGAGUGAAGAUGAGCAUCAAGAACAAAGAGACCAGAUGGAGGUGAAAAGGAAAAGGAAAGAAUCAAAUGAGGUGGAGGAGGAACAUAAUUUCAUCACUGGAGGAAAAUCUUUGACUUUCUCACAGACUGAAAAGACUGAAGCCAAGAAGUUGUUCGCCUGACCUCAGUGUGGAAAGAGUUUCACACGUAAAAGAAGUCUCAGGGAGCACAUGAGUACUCAUCCUAAAGAGAAUCUGUUGACAUGUGACCAGUGUGGAAAGAGUUUGUCAUGUAAACAAAGCCUGAAUGAGCACAUAGGAACUCAUGCUGAAGAAAAACUGUUCACAUGUGACCAAUGUGGAAAGAGUUUUGCACGUAAAAGAAGUCUGAGGGAGCACAUGUGUACUCAUUCUAUAGAGAAACUGUUGACAUGUGACCAGUAUGGAAAGAGUUUCACGCGUAAAAGAAGUCUGAGGGAGCACAUGUGUACUCAUUCUAAAGAGAACCUGUUCACAUGUGACCAAUGUGGAGAGAGUUUCGCACGCAAAAGAAGUCUCAGGGAGCACAUGAGUACUCAUUCUAAAGAGAAACUGUUGACAUGUGACCAGAAACCUUACAAGUGUUCACACUGUGACAAGAGAUUUACUUGGUUAGUAAAUCUGAAAAUACACAAGAGGAUCCACACUGGAGAGAAACCUUACAAGUGUUCACACUGCAAAAAGAGAUUCAGUCAGUCAGGAAAUGUGAAAACACAUAAGAGGAUCCACUCAGGAGAGAAGCCUUAUAAGUGUUCAUACUGCAAAAAGAGAUUUACACAGUCAGUAAGUGUGAAAAUACAUGAGAGGAUUCACACCGGAGAGAAACCUUACAAGUGUUCACACUGUGACAUGAGAUUCAGCCAGUCAUGGAAUCUGAAAAGACACAAGGAAAGACAGCAUUUGUAGCCCCUCCAGUUCGUAACCUGGCCCAUCCACAUGGGAGAUGGGCGUUUUAACAAGGAGGUUAAAGACCGCAGUCUCUAGCGUCAGUCACUAGAUCUCCUUUUGAGAUCAGGGGAGGUUUACAGGCAGGCCUUACCGGCCUAUGUCCGUUACACGUCUGUAACUAAUAUCUGUAAAAAGUUGCGAGACUCUCAAACACUCUCAAAAACUCUAAUAAAAAUUUCAAGCUUGGGAGCACAGACUUAAGUUUUGUCUCAUUUAAAAAAAAAGACCCUUGGCUGAAUCUUGUAGACUUAAAAAAGUUUAAAAAGUGAAAACAAAAAAGUUUUAGAGGUUUAAGAUUAUGAAAAUUAUUUAUGAACAUUAGAAAAUCAAAGCCAUAAAUCUAAGUUGUGUUCCAAACUGGUGGUUGAUAUAUCAAAAAAUUUGCUUUCAGUAAGAUUUUGUUUGGGUGCAGUACAUACAAACCACACUCUGACAUACAUACCAACACACCCACAGCACUAUAGCUGGCAUUAACAGGCAAAAUGAUCAAACAAAACAAAAUUGAUAGACUGACCUGGUUUAUUUUGUGUAUGCAUAUUACCGGGAACAAUUCAUCCAUGCAUGAUGUUGUAACAUUUUUUAUAAUCUUUAAUUAAAUGGUGCAGUUUGUUGGUUGUCUUCUAGUGUUUCUAUUCUAUGUUUGUUUCUGUUUGGAGUUAUAAUAUUACUGCAGGUUAUUAAUUGUCACGUGUCAUUUAAAAGCUGCUAUAGCUCUAAUUUGAA